AUGGCGCCCGCAAUGUCAUUAGUCAACAAGCUCAAGGUACAGCUCAAGCUGUCGAUAUCGCGGCUACGUAUGGUGCAGCAGAAGGAUAGCGCAAAAGUAAAACAGCAAAGAAGAGAGAUGGCGCAAUUGAUCGAGGUUGGCAAAGUACAGUCGGCGCGCAUACGCGUAGAGAACAUAAUCCGUACCGACAUCACCACCGAGCUGCACGAGAUCCUCGAACUCUACUGCGAGCUUCUACUCGCGCGCUCACAGUUGCUCGAAUCGCAAGUGUCCUCUUCAAACACCACCUCAUCCGCCUCCACGUCGACACUCCUCGACCCAGCCCUAGAAGAAGCAGUCCGUAGCAUAAUAUACGCCGCACCACGAACCGAGAUCAAAGAACUACACACCGUCAGGGCACUGUUAGUAGACAAGUUCGGAAAGGAUGUUGCAGUGGCCAGUAUGGAAGGAGAAGGCGUGGCAGAAAGGGUCAUGAAGAAGCUAAAGGUUGAGACACCGAAGGAGGAGCUGGUCGAGGCAUACAUGACGGAGAUUGCAAGAUUCUACGGAGUACCGUAUGGCACAGCCAAGAGUGAGGAUGAAGAAGAUGACGACGACGAUGAGCCAUCAGGUGGUGUAGGCGAAAAGGCGGAGCUCGAAAACCCUUUACCAACCGACGACGCGGACUCCAGUACAAGCAAGAAGGCAGAGGAAAGGGAAGCGCUCGCAAAGGCCUCGACACCCAAGAAGCUGGGGCCACAAAGUCCGCUGCGCGUCGUACCGCCGAGUCCCAGUACCGAUAAUGUAGCGCCUAGGUUGAAGUUACCAGGAAGUGCGGCGGCCAAGGUAGCAAAGAGCGAGGCGAAUACGAAGAAGCCGGCAAAGAAGGAGGAUGGGCUAGGCAGAAUCCCGGAUGUGGAUGAGCUUGCUAAGCGGUUUGCUGAGCUGAAGCGAUGA